CAUUAUAAAAAAGAAACCAAGCAUGAGAAAAUAGAUGAAAAAUCAGAAACUGUGAAUAGUCAUGAAUUGAGAAAAAAUCGUUAGUCUGAAUGCAUAAAGUAAACAUAGUUUAAAAGCUGUCUUCGCAUAUAAAGAAACUCUAAAAAUGCUUUUCUUAUAUAUUUAGAAUUGGGAGGAUGUUGCACCAAUAAGACACGCAAUGGAAAUCAAAAGUGGCGAUAGAAUCUUCACGAUUGCAUCAUGUGGUGCCAAUGCUAUGACCCUUCUACUUGAUGAUCCUGCUGAAGUUGUGGCCCUAGAUUUAUCCAUUCCACAGCUGCAUUUGGCAAAAUUACAGGCAGCUUGCAUCAAACAUCUGACGUACCAAGAGUUUAUUGACUUUGCUGGGGUUGACAGAGAAAGAGUAACACCUGAGGAGCGUGUCCGAAUAUACAACAGCAUCAAGAAAGCACUAGAACCAGGUGUGCAAGAGUUUUGGGACUCGAUGACAGCUGAAAUAGAGUUUGGUGUGAUACACUGUGGAUACUAUGAUAAAUUGUACAGAAAUGUUGCAGAAGACAUGGUCUACGUUGCGCUUGAUAAGCGUGAUAUUAAGGAGUUUAUUGCAAUGGGUGAUAAUAUUGAAGAUCAGGCCAGCUUCUUUGAAGAUGUCAUCAACAAUAAACAUUGGAGAAAAUCAGUUUACCGAGUGGCGCACCAUAUGAUGAAGGAUUUCAAUUUUUCCAUCAUUCCAGAUGUGGAUUAUGGAACAUUUUACUACAGAAGUAUGGUGGACAUCUAUAAGAGCAUUCCAAUGAAGAAGAACCACUUUGGUGAAUACUUGUUCACGGGUGGUUACUCUGGGAAGUAUAACCUCAGGGAUUACCUUCAAGAAGAGAAUUUCGCCACGCUGAAAGAUCGGGUUGGACGUAUGCAGUGGAUAUAUGGAGAACUAACAGAAUGGCUAGCCAAGUACCCAAGUACUGGGCAACCAAAAUUUGAUGGGAUCUGCGUAUCUAACAUUACCGACUGGUUGUCGUUAGCCAAUCACAAUGCAACCAUUAAAUCAGCUGCCGAAAUCUGCAGUACUGGCAGAAGAAUAGUAUUUUGGAAUCUGAAAGGUAUGCCAAAAUACUGGCCAAGUGAUAUGAUCGACAAAGCCAUCAAAGUUGAGCAUGAAUUAGAAGCUUCAGCAUUGCUGCUAAAUAGGUCACCAUUUUGGGAGCCCCUCAGAGUUGCAACUGUUUUAUAGACAGAUUGAGACAAUAUAAAAAGAACUUAUGCUUAGCUUAGCAGUAUAGUACAUACAGGGAGCUUUUUGAAAUUUUGUACUUUGAAAUAAUUGACAUGCGAACAAACAAGUAGGAGUAUGAGUUGGAGUCCCAGCAGCCAUUU